GCAGGGAGCCCUGCGCUAGAGCACAAGGAUCUCUCUGCCUUUGGGGGGGGCGCAGCACGAGGUUUCUUCCUUCCCCCAAAGCCCCCGAUCUGCACCAUGGGCCUGAGCUCUUCCAAGGCGCACCCCAAGGUGACCAGGGUGGCACCGAUGCUCUCCAGUGAGGACUUACCUGCUCGCCCCAUCCCGCACCCCAGGGUGCUGGGGGGGCCCAUCCUGCCCCCACCGGCCAUGGGGGAGUGGGGAACCCCCACGUUUCACGGGCAGCUCCCCCCUCUCCGCCACACCUCCUAUGGGAGAACCUCCGCAGGGCCCCUUUCCUUCGACACCAUGCCUGCGGAUGGAGGCAGCAGCAUCAUCAAACUGCACCCACCUCGGCGACCACAAAGGCUUGAACCUGCCAUUGCUCCUGUAAAGCCCUGGAGCCAGCAUGAAGUGGAUGCAGCCCCAAAAGCCAAGGCUCUGGAGAAGAGCGGGCAGAGCCUAAGAGCCCUCCCUGGCAGGCGGCAGCACUUGCACAAGCUGCAGAUGCUGGAGCUGACCCGCCGGCGCCGAGAGGCAGAGCUGAAGCGAAAUCUCCACAGGGAGGCAAAAAUCAAUAAACAAAAAAUCAAGGAAUUCAGCCCGAAGAAAGUCCUUGACACUCGCCAGAGAGGUGACAGCACCGACAGCCGAGACCUUGUCCCCGCUGAGCACAAUCAGCAUUUUAAUGGAGACCCUGGAAACAGAGGGGAUGGAGGACUCGCAAGGCAGCACGACAGCAACAGCAAGGUCGGGCUCUGGCUCUGCAGGGAGCCGCGCACCGGGGACCUGCUCUGGGACACCUCCAGCACCGACUCGGGGGGCUGCGAGAGGGAAGGGAGGAAACUUCAUCGCAGACCUGCGCUGGUGAGGACCAGGACGGAGAGGGUUUCUCUUUUUGAUGAGUUCUUCGAUAAAAAUUUCUAGUGGCAUGCCUCGGGGCAUGCUGAAGGACCAAGCCAUGGUGCCAGGGCACGGGCAGGGCAUUUGCAUUCAGCAGCGGUGCUGUGCACAAGGCGGGUGGACAGGGCCACUGGAAACACGGCGGUGGCUGAUGUGAUGGGUAGUGACUGGUCUGGGUACGUGGCUGCGUCUGAACAGCUGGGGAAAAAACGGUUUGGACUGAGCAACAAUAACGUAGGGGCAGAGGGAGGAGGAGGAGGCUGGCAAAACAAACAAGCAGAAGCUGGAAAAUGUUCCAGCUGAAGUUCCAGCUGGGAUGAAAUAUUUCUCUUGCCUUUGAGUUACUCGACCUUUCCACCUAAGUUGUUUUCAACCUUACAUCCUUUUCUAAGCCACAAAAAAGCAGUUCAAAAUGAAAGGUAGAAUGAUUGCUUUAGGAAGCCUUUCAAAUAAAUAUUCUGGCAUCUCUAAAAUUCCUUUUUGAUUUUUGUCCUUUUUUUUUUUUUUUUUUUUAGUUUCCUCUCCUCCCCUGCUUCAGGCAGAGAAAAACAUAUGUAUUUUCUUCAGUAUUAACCUCCAGCUUUACGGAUAAUCUUCCAAAAAACACUGGCAUUAGUUCACUUGCCCACUGCAUCCAGGUCUCAGCACUGUGCAGUGGUGGGAACAGAGGGAUCUCCAGCAGCCCCGUGUGCAGCAGGGUGCUGGUCACAUCCAGAUGCAUUCAAAGCAAUGGUGCUAUGAAGGACGUCCGUUCUAUCUGUGAUUCUGUGAUAAAAUGAUUCCCUGGGAACGUCUCCCUGGGUUGCUUUCCCCUUGGUCUGCCUAAAACCGACCAGAGGGUAAAACAUCCUCAGAUGAGCUUGUCGGCUGGCCCGGCCACCAGCGGGGACAGACUGGAAGCCUCCUGCAGACAGGCAGGCAGACAGACAGACACACGUGCC